AUGAGCACCUUGAACAACGUCGAGCCGGUCGCCAACCCUAAGCAGGAUAGCUUCAAGCCCUCUGUUGCCCCCGAAGGCCCUCAGACUACCAAGGGUCACAAGCCCGGUGUUAAGGCCAACGAGGCAGACCAGCGCCCCGAAUUCCACCUGGAAGCCCACCCACCUGGCACCGCGCCCGCCAGCAACUCCUACACGCCUCAAGCCGACGAGGUCAGCCAAGCCAACAACCCCAGUGUCCUGCGCGGCCAUGGAAAGGAGUCCACAUACACUUCCCCCGCUGACACCCUCAUCGGCGCAACCUCGGCGGACGUCAACACCGGCUUCGGCAAACCCCUGCAGGGCCAGUCCGGAGUUGAGCUCGCCCACGAUGGCCAACAUGGUCGCAAGAAGCAAUCAGCCGGUCUUGAGGGUGUCGGGGCGUCCCGCGAGGACAAGGGUGUCGAGCGAACUUUUCCCAGCCAGCGCGGUCUGGAGAAGGAGGGAGGCGCCCACGCUGGAACCCGCGGCAACAAGGCCAAUCGCUCAGUGCAGGAUGUGCAAGGCGAGACCGCGGAGACUUUGGACCGGGAGUGGAAGUAUGAGCCAAAAACAAAGCGCGACCAGGCUGGUAACGAUGUCUAUUCCAAAUAA